AUGAAGGCGACCAACCUUGGAUAUAUACUUAACACGCUUGACGAGGAGAUCGAUGCGGAGUACACUGAUCCGCGAAGGACAGCAUCUACAGCGGCAGCUGCGACCACAAAACCAGCUGUCAGUGUGGAUUCCCACCUCCCAUCUAGGCUUGCCCAGAGAUCCCUGGACAGACUGAACGACAAUCGCUCAUCGUCAGCAACAGGAACAUUUUCAUCAUUAGCCCUCACGAGAGUAGAUAGCCAUAUCCCCGCGCAUGCUCGCCGGCCACAAAGGACUGGGAGCGGCAGGUGGUUAUGUCCCCCCAAGCCUUACUGCUUCUCAGGGGAAUGUCACAUCCCAGGGCGCACGGUCACUCUUCACCAGCUGCGCCAAGUUGAAGACUCUCGACCCGGAGCAGGCGCUUCCUUUGAUUGCCACACCACAACAGCCGACAUCACUGGCGACGGUGGUGCGAGCAGCAACGACAUUGAAAACGAAGUGCAGGAACCCGUCACGCGUGGAGCCCAGUGCAUGAUGGAGAGCUCGGUAGCGCAUCUGAGACGGAUGCGGAACAGGGAGGCGGCGAAGAAGUCGCGGGAACAGAAGCACAAGCAGUUAGUCGACAUGGGGAAGGAGUUGACAUGUAGCAAGCUACGUGUCACAGAAAUGUCGCACCAGCUUGAGUUAUUGAGGGAGAAAUAUCAGUCGCUACUGGGCAUUAUCCAACCGGCGCUGCGGAAGAACGUUGAGCGCAACGGCUUGCCUGACUUUGCUGUUCUUUCCCUGCUUCAAUCUGCUGCGGCGCAAAAGCCGCGCCCUUCUUCUGUUACUGUCACUCUUGGGUCCAAGGUUGAGCCGUGGCUCACGGAAAUAUUAAGGCGUAUCGAAAUCAAUGAACCGCUCGAUAGCGUGUCUGAGCAUCAAAUGUGCCUUGGUAAAGCUUUAUCAUCGCCAAACGCAAUCUGGCUCCUGGCAUCCCUGAUGCUCAAAACCCCGAAAUCCGAAGUUGAUCGCGGGUUUUACUACCAGCUUGUCGUUAUCGAGGCGAACAUUGUUCUUGUCGAUAUCCCAUGCAACAAGGUCGUAUUCAAGCUGACUUCGAACACGAUAGAGACUCUUAUCAAGUACUAUCAUGACGUCUAUUGCGUUGAUGACGAAGGGAAGGAACAUCACCAGAGGCUGCAUGAGGACUUUGUUCAAGCUAUUAAACGCUACGAUUUCUACAUGCGUGCUUCUGUGCUUGAAGGUCUGGAAACGGAUGGUGCUGGCGAGUUACUUUGUGGGCAAAGCCAAAAUGUCAAAAACAGCAUUUUGGAGCUUAUGCAGCGCCUGUCACCCUCGCCGCCGAAAGAAGUCGAGCCCAUUUAG